GCGAGCAGCUCUGUCUUCUCUCAUGUAGCGCUUCAGUCAUGAAGUCGUUCCCGGUCCUCCUGCUUCUUCUUCUCCUCUCUCCCCGGACUGAAGGACUCAAAACCCGGGACCAGAACUCUUCACAUGUCCCGGACGUGGACCUGGUUGUGGACGUGUCCUCUGCGGUCCGCCGGGUGGACCUGCGCUUUCUGUCCGUCACAAUCGAUGCGAGCCUGGCUUCAGAGGAGAAGUUCAUGUACCUGUUGGGCUCUCCAAAGAUAAGGACGCUGGCCCGGGCGUUGACUCCGUCCUUCCUGAGGUUUGGAGGAACCCGACAGGACUUCAUGGUGUUCACUCCUCAGAAGAGUCAUGAGCAGGGUUCAGGUGUCACCGCAGCACUAUCAUGUGAUAAACUGGAGCUGCCCCCGUGGCUGGAGGAGCGUCUGAAGAACGAGUGGACUCAACAACAAGUUCUCCUCAUGAAGGAAGACCUGAGGAGGAAAUACAGAAGAGUUAAAUUCACAGAAAACACCAUCGAUAUGCUGCACUCCUUCACAAACUGCUCGGGGAUGGAUCUGAUCUUCGGGCUGAACGCACUGCUCAGAACAGCCGACAACGCCUGGAACAGUAGCAACGCCCGCCAACUGCUGCAGUACUGUGAGUCCAGACGGUACACCAUGUGCUGGGAGCUCGGCAACGAGCCAAACAGCUACGAGAAGAAGGCGGGGAUUCGAGUGGACGGGUUCCAGCUGGGUCAGGAUUUCACCCAUCUCAGGGAGAUGAUGUCACAGUCUGAACUUUACCGCCACGCCGGACUGUUCGGGCCGGACGUCGGUCAGCCCAGAGACCACAGGACGGACAUCAUGCAGGGAUUUCUGCAGAGUGGAGCAGACGCUGUAGAUGCUGUGACCUGGCAUCAUUAUUACGUGAACGGCAGGGACACGUCCCUGGAGGACUUCCUGGAUCCUGAAGUUCUGGACACUCUGACCCUAAAGACCAAUGAAGUCCUACAGACGGUGAAGCUGGUUUCUCCGGGGAAGAAGGUGUGGCUCGGGGAGACCAGUUCGGCCUUCGGGGGAGGAGCCGCCGGUCUUUCGGACACGUUCGUCGCAGGAUUCAUGUGGCUGGAUAAACUGGGCCUGGCCGCCACGCUGGGUCUUGACGUGGUGAUGAGACAGGUGUUUGUCGGCUCUGGGAGUUAUCACCUGGUGGACGAAAACCUGGACCCACUUCCUGAUUACUGGCUGUCUGUUCUCUAUAAGAGACUCGUUGGACCGGUGGUUUUAAAAGUUGAAGCCUUUUCUGACUUUGCCCGCCACAAACGAGUGAGGCUGUACCUGCACUGUGCGCACCAGCAGAGAUACAGACGAGGAGCCGUCACGCUCAUCUCCAUGAACCUGAGGAAUAAAGCGGUCAGGAUCUCCGUUCCUGCUCGUCUCUCGUCCAGCACAGUGGAGGCGUUUGUUCUCCAGUCGGAGCGUCCGGGGGAGGAGGGGCUGUACUCCAGGUCUGUGACCCUGAACAAAGACGUUUUAAAGAUGGUGGACGAUAAAACUCUCCCUGAGUUGAAGGGAGCUCGUCUCCCGCCGUCUGAACAUCUACAACUUCCUGCUUACUCGCUGGCGUUUUUCGUCUUUAUCGACGCCGGAGCUGCCGCCUGUUUGUGACCUCUGUGACACCUGGACACGGACUCCUCAGAGGGACAAUUUUAUACGCCAAUGACAUCACCUUUAAACCAGCAGGUGUGUCACCGAGAGCUGCUCAUCACUGGAAGACCUCGAGUCAGAUUUAAAUAGAGACUGAAGGUUUUUAUUUAUAUGAAAUAAUGAUUGCUGUGUUACUGAAGUUUCCUUUCUAUUUGCGAUAAACAUUGUUGUUGACCUGAA